AUGCUCCCCCACGUGAUUCCACAAGUAACCCUGCAGGUGCCCUGAACACCAAAGAACCCUGAAGCUAAACCCCUCAGCGCGUCACCCAAAAUAUCUCCAAGCUUGCGCGACUAGACAAACCACAAUCCUCCCAACACCUCCCCAAUCCAACCCCAAAACAGAAAAAUCAUGUACGGAGACGCAGGCCUCAAGCUAGUUAGUUUCUCCCCCAUCCAAUUCCUUCCUCAUCCCAAUCCCUAAUUAACAUUGGCAGGUUCAACACGCCAAACGCACGCAAAAACUCGCCCACCUCCCCGCCUACCAAACCGAACUCAUCCGCUCCGUAACCCGCGAAGUCCGCGAUCUAGAUAAAGACGUCACCUCGAUCUUGCACUCCAACAAUGGCUCCAUUGACCCAUCCCAAGAUCCCGCUACGGCGUGCACUUUGCUCGUCGACCAUUUAUGUAUGCGGCGUAAUAAGCGGUGUUUGUUAGCGUACCAUCGCACACGCACGGAGAAAUUGGAGGAGAUGGUCUGGGAGGGGGUGGAUGUUGUUGAUCUGGCGCAGCAUAGGGAUGGUGAUGGGGGAGGAAGAGGAAAUGGGGGUCAGGAAGGAAUGGGAGAGGGGAAUAGUAAUAGUUUGAGUCCCGAGGAGGAGGAAUAUGUUAGGCUGUAUGGGGAUUUACUGGCGGCGUAUAAGGGGAGGUGGACUGAUGUUGAUUUGACGGGGAGUUUGGAGCCACCGAGGGAUUUGUUUAUUGAUGUUAGAGUUUUGAAGGAUGCGGGGGAGAUACAGACCGAGUAUGGGUUAGUUGUGUCCUUUUUUGUUUCCUUCCACCCCACACAUCCACGCUCUUGGAUAUGUAUGGGGCGUAGUUGUCUGGGGGAAUGAAAUGGGCGUUGGAGACGAGGACGAGAUACUAAUUGCAUACAGGACAAUUAAUCUAACCAAGAAUUCACAAUUCUAUGUUCGACAGGGAGACGUGGAACGCCUGAUUGCGCAAGGGUACCUGCAAAAGCUCAGCUGAGUACGCAAAGCGAAAGGCACCAUAGCAUGUCCUACACGAGAGCGACUUGGGUCAUCAAGAAUAGAAGGGGGCGCGUUGAAGGGAAGAGGAGAAGCAUGCAGGUUCCAAUACUUGAUACCCUGUCCUCUAGAAACAUUCAUCUAUGACCAGCAUGUCAUCCGGAUAUACAACAUCUACAUAGAGAAGAGGGGCCUUGUCGUCGGAACUUGAAGCCGCGAGCGAUCCUCGUGGGGUGUUGAAAGAGAAUUGGAACCCCUGGUGGAGCUCAAUUGGUUCAAACCCGCACUGGAGACCAUUCAAUGCACGUGUGGAUCGUGUUGGUGAAAACUCUAUGUCACGGAAAGCGGGAGGCGGGUCUGUUCUCUUGAUAUAAUUCCGAGCUCUCCAUUUCUCGAAAAUUGGUCAUGGAGACAGUACGAGUAGAAGACUGGAAUGGUAUCAUUUGAAGGAUUUUUCUGUUGUGCAUACAUGCAUGGGAGUCUCGACUUUGUCUAUUUCGUACCACCAGCAAUUGAAAAAAAAAUAGAUGGACAGAGAAUGACGAUUUUUCAGCAAAUCAUGAGAGCAGCAGAGAAUACGGGAGCGAAUGAACGUUGAACCACAAGCUAGAUUCUAAGGAACAUGGUUUCAAUUGCA